AUGUCCUCAUUCACCGUUCUUCAGGCCCGGAGUCUCCGUCAAAGGACGGUCACUAAUGAGAACGACGAAAAUGCCACCUCGACACGCCUAACCAGGGCCAAGGCGGCUGCCCUCACUUCUACCGACCUCAAUGGAGGCGCGAUCAAAAAGCCCCUCCAGAGCAAGAGGGCGAAUGCAACAACCGCCACCACAACUGUCGCACAGAAGCGACGCCCUGCCCUUGGUGAUGUUAGUAACGUGACAAAAACAGAUCUUGUCGACGCAAAGGAUGGCAAGAAAGCUACCAGCAAGGCUAGCCUCACUUCCAAAUCAACUACACAUGCAGGUGGCGUACAGAAGCUCAGCAGAUCAAACACCACUCGUGCUGCUCUUGGUGUGAAAGAUACAAACAAGAAAGCCGCUUCCACCGAAGUGAAGCGCCCCGGAAGUGGAUCUGGUGUCAAGCGUUCAUCUAGCCAGAAGUCUAUCAAGGAUGACCUCAAUCAGGAAGAGCCACCUCGCAAGAAGGUUGAUGUGGAGAAGAAGACCGAAUUCAUCCAGAAACAGAUCGUUUCUGAAAAUGCUUCCGAAGUUGGCGUGGACGUGAUGGAUGAGAAAGAUUUGGAAGCCGAGGGCGUUCUAGAUCUCGACACAGAGGAUCUUGACGAUCCCUUGAUGGCGGCUGAAUACGUGGUGGAUAUUUUCGACUACCUCAAGGACCUCGAACACGAAACACUUCCAAGCCCAGAUUACAUCGACCACCAGCCGGAGCUUGAAUGGAAGAUGCGUGGAAUUUUGAUUGACUGGCUGAUUGAGGUUCACGCAAGCUUCAGACUUCUUCCUGAGACUCUCUUCUUGACUGUCAACAUUAUCGACCGUUUCCUGUCUGCCGAGAUUGUUUCUUUGGACCGCCUGCAGUUGGUUGGCGUCACCGCUAUGUUCAUCGCGUCAAAAUACGAAGAAGUCUUGUCUCCACAUGUUGCCAACUUCAGUCAAGUCGCGGAUGAGACUUUCUCGGACAAAGAGAUCUUGGACGCGGAGAGACACGUUCUUGCCACGCUAAAUUAUAACAUGAGCUACCCCAACCCAAUGAACUUUCUUCGACGCAUUUCCAAAGCCGACAACUACGAUAUUCAGACGCGUACAUUGGGCAAAUAUCUGAUGGAAAUCAGCUUGCUUGACCACAACUUCAUGCCUUACAAGCAGAGCCACGUUGCAGCUGCAGCUAUGUACCUCGCGCGUCUCAUCCUUGACCGUCCUGGCUGGGAUGCCACUCUUACACACUACUCUGGCUAUACCGAAGAAGAAAUCCAACCUGUAUUCCUUCUGAUGGUCGACUACCUACGCAGGUCUGUCGCGCAUGAAGCUUUCUUCAAGAAGUAUGCCAGCAAGAAGUUCUUGAAGGCGUCUAUUGUUACCCGCCAGUGGGCCAAGAGAUAUCACUCCCUAUAUCUUGACGUCGAGUCCGAGGAGGCACCGAAAAAGUAG